AAAUAAGUGGAGAGUUGAGUUUCAUCCAUUCGAUGGCAGCAUAAAAUGCCCUUGCAUGAAACUUGAGUCAUUUGGGAUACCUUGCUGCCACAUAAUUACUGUCAUGAAAUUUCAACAACUUGUAUCUAUCCCUAUGAGUUGUGUGGUUCAGAGGUGGACUAGGAGUGCUAGGUCAAGCAAUCCACAACCUAGUCUCACCAAAAUUCCUAACCUACUGACACAAACCACACGAUAUGGCAUAUUGAGCUCAUCAUUCAAUUUAUUGUCCUAUUAUGCGUCGCACACAGACAAAGAUUUUAUGGAGGCGAGGGAAGCAGGUUUCCAAAUGAUGUCUGAGAUGAAGAAGCGCUGGGAAAUGAGAAAUGCGGAUAAGGGUGAGGAAAAAAAUAGUGCCACCAAACUAUUUGGGAUUCGGGACCCCAAGGUAGUCAACACAAAAGGCAAUCCUGGGGGACCAUCUUCUGCCAGUAAACUCCCCACAGCAAGAAAAUGUGGGAACUGCAGGAGCAUUGGCCACACGAAGCGAACUUGUAAAAAAGUAAAAGCAAAGGAGAGAGAGGGUUGCGAAGAGCACUUUUCUGCAUUCACAAAUCCAGAGUUCUUCCCCCAUCAGGAUGAAGACGGACGUUGACAAAACAGGGCAGGGAACUAGCAAUGCAUAAGUCCAGUAGUCGUUGAUCUAAGUUGGUUUGAAUUGGAGGAACUUUAGGCAAAAUUUUAGGGAACUAAGCCUGGG